AUGCAUGGAGCCAACACCUCCAGUCUGACACCAAGAUACUUCAUCCUCAAAGGAAUUCCUGAGCUGGAAGAUGCACACAGCUGGAUAUCCCUGCUGUUCUGCUUCAUAUACAUUAUUGCUGUAGUGGGAAACUCUGUGCUCAUCUACAUCAUCAGCCAUGAGGAGAACCUGCAUCGGCCCAUGUAUUACUUUCUAGCCCUGUUGUCCUUUACAGAUGUUAUUGGGUGUACUUCAUUUGUCCCCAAUAUGUUAUGCACCUUUUGGUUCAGCCUCAAGGAGAUUGACUUUAAUGCUUGCCUUGUACAGAUAUUUUUCAUACAUAUGCUGACAGGCAUGGAGUCUGGGGUGCUCAUGCUUAUGGCUCUGGACGGCUAUGUGGCCAUUUGCUACCCUCUACGCUAUUCUACCAUCCUCACAAACACUGCAAUUAUCAAGGUUGGGCUUGCUGCAUUCAUGCGAACUGUGUUGCUCUUGAUCCCAUUCACUUUCCUGAUCAAGUGUCUUCCCUACUGCAGGGGCAACCUUAUCCAACACACUUAUUGUGACCAUAUGUCUGUGGCCAAAUUAUCCUGUGGCAAUGUCAAGAUUAAUGCUAUCUAUGGUCUCAUAGCUGCCAUAUUGAUUGCGGGAUUUGACAUGUUCUGUAUCUCUGUGUCUUACAUCAUGAUCAUCCGUGCUGUACUGAAUCUGUCAUCUGCAGAUGCUCGCCACAAAGCCUUCAGUACCUGUACAUCACACAUAUGUGCUAUUGUCAUUACCUAUGUUCCAGCUUUCUUUAACUUCUUCACUCACCGUUUUGGUGGAAGCACCAUACCUCACCAUUUCCACACCUUUAUUGCCAACCUCUGCCUAUUGCUGCUUCUCACCUUGAAUCCAAUUGUCUACGGAGUGAAGACCAAGCAGAUCCGUGAAGAAGUGAUCUAAUCGUCCUUUAGAGAGAGAUAUUUUGGGUGUGAGAUAAAUAUAUGAUAUAGAAUUCUGCAUUUAGUAUAAAGAUAAGGAAAAAAGUUAUAAAUGAAGAAAGCAAAUGCAAAAUUCAACAAAAAUGAGCUCACUACAGAAUAAGAUAUCUGAAUUUUCUGCCAUUAAAUGCACGAAACAAUCUCAGAUAUUUUAUUCCAAGACCUCUAAUUUGAUAGAGAAAACAUGAAAUAGAGAAGAAACAAGGACACUUUUCACACAUAAAAUUUAGUGAGAAUUUGUGGAAUAAACACACAGGGUGGAACAGUUAGGAUAGUCAACAAGUGAAACUCUUGGUGAUUACUGCACUUUGGUCUAGGUACUGUGGGUAAGUAUACAGGAAAGGAUAAAGAAUGUCAGGUAACCUAGAAAGGCUCCAGGAGAUUGUGGAAGGGACAUGAGUAAAUUGUUCCAUUCACUGCAGGGAAGCAUGAAACUCUUCCCAAGAGUGCCUGUGCUAAAUUUCAGGGUCCUAUCAUCCUUCAUAUGCCAUAUUUAUAUACAGCUUGUAUCCCCAUUGACCCCCA